AUGGCCCAACGAACCUAUCAGGGGACAACCUUGUUAGAUUCAGCGAAAAGGGUUGUAGAUGCCUUGUAUAAAGCUCGUAUGAAUAAAUGCCGCACGGAUCGCUUCUUCUUGUUUACACUCAAUCCGUUUCCACAGAAUGUUUUGAUGUCAGUAUGGAGACAGGGUCAUGAUUUACCAUCUUUACAUGCUGCUUUAAGUAAAAUUAAUCCUGAUGGUGUGCUAGACCUUGGAGAAGGUAUUGCCAAUGCAUUUAGGAUUCUUAACUUGAAUCGGUUUCAGGCUAAUUAUGAGACUUACGGAAUGGGCUGGAAUCCGUCUUUAGCUGAGCAUGCUGUCGUAGUUGUAAUAACACACUCAUCCGCCUCCCUUGUGGUUGAUGAAAAGUUGGCAAAUAAAUGUGGGGAUGAUGUUCUCGCUUUGACUAUCGGCUCACACAGAUGGGAUUAUUGGCUCCAGGGCAUUGUUCUUCACUACUCUGGACUAGUUGAAACAGUGGAUUUCGUGAAUCCUCCUGAAUUGUCAGAGAAACAUUUGGUUAGACCUUGUGCAGAAACUGGAGGAAACGUAUAUGUAUUUUUUGACCCGAGGGAUUUUGUUCGAGAUAUUGAAAGUGUCUGUUCUGGAUUUCGCUGUGGCCUUAUGGUAGAUAUUGUGGAUGAUACUCACGAUCACUCAGAUAAGGAACCUUUUAAGCAAUUAGUAUUGCAAAGGGAGAAUGUUAAAGUUAAUGCGUUUUGGCCAAUUCCCGAAGGAUAUUGGCCUGGACCAGAUCUUUCAUUGGAAGCAUUGCUACCUCGUCCUUCAAAUCCUUGCAUCCACGUAUUGCCUCCGAAAGAACCGCCUCCGAAAUUUCCUGAGAAUUUCCCCAUUGAUCGAUAUGAGUUGGAUUCAUCGCCUCUUACUCAAAAGAUUAUCGAAAGCAGAAAUCCUUCUGUAGUAUGGCCGUGCCUUGUAAAACGUAGUGGUUUAAAGAGUGAUGCACCAUUUGGUUAUUGCAAACUAUCCCAAGAUCUAAAAGUGCAUUUAUACAUCCUUCCUUACAAUUAUAUGUUCUUAUCUGAACUUUUAUGUAAGCCUCUUUUACUCCUUGUUUACAAUGAUCGAUUAGGCGAUUUGGACAGUCCAUAUGGAUUGCGUAUAACGGAAUUAUGGAUUAGAAAAAUGCUCACUUAUUACGAAAGUAUUCCACGUUAUUACCAUUCUCAAUUACUAAAAGCCUUUGAACGAUCGCGCAUUCCCAAUGUCAUUAAAUCGGAUGGGAAACAGGCGAUUUCAUUUAAAUUCUCAAAUGAGAUGCAGAGGCUUCAUUCAGAAGCACGAGCUGCUUUUGACCACUUAGUGAAUAUCAUUUCUAAUCCUCCGGAACCUUCUCAGUCUAUUUUGAUUUCUAGAAUUACAUCAUCAGGGCUCAUGGAAAUAAGACGGUUCAAUGGAGCUGAAAAACAGCUAGCCAGGAAAUGGUAUGAAAAUGCCAGUUAUAUUCCUCGUUCCAAGCUAAGGAGAAUGUUACCAAAACUCAGGAACAACUUUGAUGACAUUCUUGAUGGAAUCGGCCGACCCAUGGACAAUGAGAGCAUUCAUACUCAGACUGUCAGUGAAAUGGGAAAUUAUACCAACUAUAGAUUUGCCCAGCCGCGUGUUGCACCUUUGAGAGAUCUUAUUCAGGCCCCUGAACGCGUGGAUACUUUUGGAAAUCCCUUCCAUCGAAAAUCAAAUGCUGGCUUUUUGGUUGACGAAGUGUCUGUCGAUGAUAUGGGGUUCUCGGGAUCUAUGGCCUUCCAAGUACAUAGGAGUGCUUUUAAGCCUAGAGGAAGGGUUAGGGGACCAUUACCUUCGGAUUUUCGUCUCUACGUCUCUCGACCUAAUAGCUCUACAUCGUCGUCUCCCUAUCCUAUAGAUAAUAAAUCUCAUAAUCUUCCUGAUCUCAAUGGCCAUCAUAUGCCUGUCUUGGACAAAUCUCUCCAUUCGGAGUUGAAUGGCGGUGGUGUUAGUGCUGAUUUUUAUCCAUCUCAGGAGGAAUCAGCCUUUAAGACUAACGUUGUAGUCGUUAAUGAACUUGUGGAAAUUGUGCGAAGUCCAUCGAUAGAUGGUUCCAAGUUGUAUAGCCUCCUAGAUAGGCUGGAAGGUAGUCGUCAAAACAAAUACGACUCGGUAUCCUACGUAAUGGCGGAAGCGUUGCGUUUGAAGAGAGUGGAUCUGUUUAAACUCCUCACUGAAUACCGUUCGCACAUAGGAUUACUCCCGGUUGCAGAAGGCAGAGUUAAUGGUUUAGAUCAAUCAAUUCAACUUGUGAAUGGAUCUGGAGAUGAACUUGAAUACUAUUUGAACAUGGUACUCUUUGUCUGCGGCCGACAAUUCAAUUCAAGUGCCGAACACUUGAAAAGAUAUCGAACUUCAAAUUUCGAAGAGAUUUUUGACGCUUUUAUGGAAUGCAACAACUUUGAAGAAUUGGAAGUAGUUAAAAUCAACUCCAGUAAUGAGAUUCUUUAUGUCCAUCAGAAUGAAAUGGCUGUGGCAAAAUUUAACUGGGUAGGUAAAAAUGAUAGUUUUCUUCCGCGUUAUGCUGGAACCUCGGAAAUGACUACAUGUCAUGCAGUUAUUCUUACGUCUUCAAUUGGCUUUUCCAUUGGACAUCUUGAUGGAAGUUGCUAUGAAGCGACUAGGGAUUUUUUUGAGGUUUCUGUGGGAAAUCUCCGGCAUAAUGCCAACGAAGUCUUUGAUGCCCAUAUUGUUGGUGGCUUCCUAGAUGAAGGAGGUUUUUCAAUGCAAUUAAUGUCACAAAUAAUGUCUUAUCUGCUAACUUCAUCUCACAAAUUUCGAUUGAAAACCCUUUUUUGUUAUUACCUAAAUGAUCGACAGAAGACAGAAUCCAGCAGUAAACAGGUACAUGAACCGUUAUUUCGAGCUGUAGUAUUUGACAUUGAAACAGGCAUAGUGAAACCAGCCUCUAUAGAACCGAAUGGGAGAGGUCCUUUGAGUGUACUGCGAAGCGCCUCUUUCUACGCAAACGCACUUCGUAUGAACAACAUUUUCGAUCCCGUUUCUCGCGUAUUGCGUUUUGUAGAAUUCCGUAUCCCCCCGAGCGAUAUGGAGCAUCUUGCUCGAAGGUCAAGGCGAACAAAUGCAGAGCUUGCUAAUUGUUCUACAACUCCCAACCAAGAAACCAAUCACUUUUACGACAUGCUGAGACGUACUGGCGAUCUACUUGCUCAUAUGCUGGUGGAGAAAAAGAAUUUCUUUGAGAAUGGGAAUCUGGAGUUUUCGUAUGAUGCUAAUUUAAAGUGCUGGAUACCACUGAAUCCUCAAACGGAGGAGGCUCUGAGACAUCCUUUGACUUCUUUUUAA